AUGCAACCAGGGGCCACUGAGGGCUGGGCCGCUGCCGUUGAACAUCUCGCGAACUUCAAGCAGAGGCGCUGCCAAACAAGCACAGAAGUUGUUUGCAGCGUCGCUUUGGCAGAUCUUGCACGUCGGCGCAGAUGGCAUCAGGCUGCCAGUUUGCUGAAGCUGACACGGGCGCGUACGCUUGCAGUCGACGAGUACAGUUACAAUUCAGGCAUAUUCGCUUGUCGCCAUGUAGUCACAUGGAGUCAUGCCGUUGCUGGGCUACUGACAAUGGAAACGGAACGCUUAGAACCAGAUGCUUGCACCUGCCAUGCACUCGUGAGUGCUUAUGAGAGUGGCAGCCGAUGGCAAUCAUCCUUGCGAUGUCUGGAGCUCCCUUUCAGCUCCCAGGGUGGUCUGGCAUGUAGCAAUGCCAUGCUAAGCGCUUGUGCAAAGGCCAGAAGGUGGCUGCAAGCGCUGCAGCGUCUCUUCCUCCAGCCCAUGAGAGAUGUCAUCAGUUGGAACGUGGUGAUUUCCGCUCUCGGCAAAGGUGGUUGGAAGGUGGCACUUGGAUGCCUUCAAGCGUGUCGCAGAAGCUUCGUCGAGCCCGAUGCCGGCACCCACAACUUGAUCAGCGUCGCCUGCAAAGGCGAACCCCGCGCCUGGCAGAGGGUACUGCUCUGGGGAGGCGGCUCGCCUGUUACGGCGGCGGCCACCACGGGCCGCAUUGAGGCGAUGCGCCACGGAGGUGCCUCCACGUGGCCUCUCUGCCUCUCUGCUCUUUUGGAAACCUCUUCUGAUCCCGUCUUGGUCUCGGCAGCUUUGGGCACCUUGGCGCUUGCGGGGCGGCUGAAAGACUUCGAAGAUUUGCUGGAGAAGGAGAAGCACGGGCUCGGCCCUCCCCUUCGACUCUGGGCAGUUGCGAAAAUCGCGGUCUUGGCACAGCUGUCGCCUUCGGCGCGUCGCUCCCCGCCGCCGGAGCGGCUCUUGGGCGCCCUUUUGGAGGCCCGGGACGGCAGCGCCGAGGCGGGCACGAAGGCUUUGACGCGGCUCUGGUGGGCCCUGUCCGUGCUGCAGGCCUCCAGUCCUCGCUUUGAGAAGGCUUUGGCAGCAAGGUCCCUAGAGAGACUCGAGGACUUCCCGGACAAGGAGCUGAUGCUGGUUGCCUGGGCGGUGUCGGGCCAGGGUCCCUUGCUGCAAGUUUCCGUGUUGCGAGCUGUACAAGCAGAGCUGCUACGCCGAAUUGCCGGCACUUCUAGUGUCGUCCUAAGCCCGGAGCUCGUUCGAUGCAUCCUGGGAGUGGUGUGGUCUUGCAGUUUCAGCAGUGGCUUGAUGGAAGGCUUUUACAUGGUCGCAUGGCGCGCUUUGUGUCGGCAUGGUCGAGGCUUGGACAGUGAAGGCAAAAAGGGCACAGGAGCACCAGCAGCGGGAGGAUCCUUAUCCAAUGCGACUUUCAGCCCGGUCGGCUUCGAACCUCCGCGAGUUGUGUUGGACUCGUCGGAAACACUGGCGAUUCUGAAGCCACCUGGCUGGGAAGUUCACGAUGAAAGUUCCGACGCUCGAGAGACACAGCAGCUCCUGCAGUACGUCAGAAGCCUUGUCGGUCAGCAGAGGAUGCCCAUUCUCGAGGAUCCUGCAUGCAAUUACGGCUUCCUGCAUCGACUGGACGUUCCGAGUUCAGGCUUGAUCCUGGCCGCCAAGACCUUCGGGUCCUACUUUGACUUGCAGACCCAGUUGGCGUCGGGGAGGCUGCUUCGAGAUUACGUGGUCCUCUGCCAUGGCCUCAUCUCAGCCAAGCUGACCAUCGAGGCGCCUCUCUCCUGGCUGAGCGACUCUUCGAGGGACUCUUUGACGCGAAGCGGGGCCUUUGGGAAGCCGGCGCGAACGGAGCUCACCCGAGUCCGAGCGGUGCACAGCUGCAAGGGCUCUUCCUUCGGCUUCUGCAAGAUUCGCAUUCGCACCGGACGUCGGCAUCAGAUCCGGAGUCAUCUCGCCUACGUUGGUUUUCCGGUGGUCUGUGAUGGGAAGUACACCGCGCAGGAGACCUUCGAAAGGGACUGCUUCUGGUUCCCGAAGAAGAGGAACGCCCUGCACCGCUUCCGCGUUUCUUUCCGAGAGGAGGGUUUAGGGACUUGUUGUGCCGUGACCGAGCCGCCUGGAGAAGACUUUCGCAAGGCACUGGAUCAGAUAGCAUGGGACGAUGUGCUCAACUCGUGA